CCAUCGAUACCUGGACCGAUCUUAUAAAAAGCUUGACUUUACAUUCAAUCAAAUCACUGUUAAGUGAAAUUUUAAUUGAAACACAUGAAUGUGAAGUAGUGUAUUAGAUUUUUGUCACUAUAUGAUGUUUGUAGAGAUAUUAUUCAUUGGUUUUCUUAUUAAUAUUCGACAUUGUCAAGGAAAAGAAAAUAUACUUACCAAUGAUGAAGUUCUUAACCCACAUUUUUCUUCAGUACUUAAAAAUGAACCCAAUGCUCAAGAAAAGUUUUCUGCUACUAAUGGCCUAAUCUUUACACAUAUACCAACAAGUAAUGAAUACGUGAAUCAUCAUACACCUUUUGGAGUAAAAUCUCUUGGAAAUUCUGGUGGACCUUAUCAACUAAAUUACUUCACUCCUAAUGAUCAACUUCUGCUAAGAAAUCAUGCUCCAGUUUCUACAAACACAUUUACUGAAAACUCAUAUCAAACAUCUCAGAGGCAACCUUCAUUUAACAGCUAUCCAAUGAAUCCUAUAUCAUAUUUUAUUUUACCUCCUAAACCUAAUCCAGGGCAACCUUUUUUCCCUCAACAAAAAUAUUCUAGAUCAUACCUAACUUUAUAUACUAAACCUUAUUUGAGAUCGAUUUCUGAAUAUGUAAUACUAAGGGUGAGUCCUAGAUUGAAUUUAAAGCCACCGUUUAACAGUAUCAAUUCUCAAAGAGAUGGACCAAAUCAAGUUUCAAGGAACGAAUACUUUUAUAGACCAUCAGUAUCGAAUAAUCUAAUUCAUCAGACUCAGGAUACUAAAAACUCUGAACAGGCACUCAGAAAUAAAUUUAUCGAACUCAAUAAUCAAGCUUUUACUGGGAGACAAAACUCUGUCUACUCUCAGCCAAUUAAUCCAUUUUUAAUGAGAAUAAUUCAAUCAAACGAUCGAAAUAAUCGAGCUAAAAAACAUAUAAACUUUCACUCACAUUCUAAUUUAAUUUCCAAUAACUCAUCAGCUGAAAAUUGUCCAGGUUGUGGAAGUUUUAUUUCUGUCCAUUCCACUCCAAAACCUGAAAGUUCAUACUCUUUGAUCAAUCUAACGUCAAACAUCACAAACGAAACAUCAAAAUUAAAUGAAACAAUGAUGAUCUCCAAUAUGACAGCCAAUGAAAAUAAUUCCACUUUGAAUGAAUGGACUCACAUGAAUUCCAGAAAUAUAAACUCUACCAAUGAAAUUUUAGCAUCUACAGAAAGAGUAAUUUCUACAACUUCUGAUUUGAAUUAUGGUUAUAAGAUACCUAUAGAUGAUAUAUUAAAAGUAAAUGAUAAAGGAUCUGAAACUAAAUCUUCUACGGAAAUCAUAGUAGUUUUUGAUAAAAAAAAUUCUAUUCCUGAGUAA